AUGAGCCGAUCUCUUCUGCGCUCCGUUCUGGAGCUUCGGACACCCCUUACCCGUCUCCCACCAGCAUUUCUCCUCCCAAUCCAAGCUCGGAGGUUCAACUCCACGGCGCCGAUCGUCGAGUCCCAGGCCGCUAACGCCCAGAAUGCGCCUACCACCGUCGCCCCUUCAGACGCCGCGAAGCCCUCAAUAGCACAAACAGCCGUCGAGACUAAAACGCCGUCUGCGCCUAUCUCUGAACAGGUGCAAGCUGUUCUCCCCUUCCUGGCUGCUCAGCCGAACCACUACAUCACCUUCCACAUCCACGGACGCCCUUACCUCGUGACGCCCGGUGACAGCGUCCGUCUCCCCUUCAAGAUGCCUGGAGUUGUGCCUGGCGACAUUCUCCGUCUUAACCGCGCCUCCGUCAUCGGAAGCAGAGACUACACUCUCAAGGGUGCCCCUUAUAUCGACGAGCGACUAUACGAAUGCCGGGCCGUGGUGACGGGAACUGAGAGCGAGCCCAUGCGGUUUAAGGAAAAGACGAAGCGGAGGAACAGAAAAGUGAAGACGGUCAAGAGCAAACAUCGCUACACAACGCUGGCCAUCAGCGAAUUGAAGAUCAACGGCCCCGAUGAGAUCGAGGUAUAG